UUUAUCGGGAGGAACCCGCAAGCACGGGCCAAUUCUUCUGCAUCCUGGGGCUCCGCCGGACCACUUUUUCCGUAACACCUCUCCCGUGCCAAAGCCGCCGAACUUCCGUCCCGUUUCUGUGGAGGCCGAGCGUGAGGCUUUGUGCUGUAGAGCUUGGAGACCAGAGACCUUAUCCUCACUCGAUCUGGUUCCGCCCACCUCUGCGUUGUUUCCGAAGGCAAGAAAGAAUCCUGCUUUUGGCCACCCACCACUGGCCUCAUGGCUUCUAUGCAGAUGGAUCCUGAGUUAGCCAAGCAACUCUUCUUUGAAGGAGCCACUGUGAUCAUUCUGAACAUGCCCAAGGGGACAGAGUUUGGCAUUGACUACAAUUCCUGGGAGGUGGGCCCCAAGUUCCGGGGUGUGAAGAUGAUCCCUCCUGGCAUCCACUUUCUUCACUACAGCUCUGUGGACAAGGCCAAUCCCAGGGAGGUGGGCCCUCGGAUGGGCUUCUUUCUUAGCCUCAAGCAGCGGGGGCUGACAGUCCUUCGCUGGAAUACAGUCCAGGAAGAGGUAGACUUGUCUCCAGCUCCAGAGGCUGAAGUAGAAGCUAUGAGAGCCAAUCUCCCCGAGUUAGACCAGUUUCUGGGCCCCUACCCGUAUGCGACACUCAAGAAAUGGAUCUCACUCACCAACUUCAUCAGUGAGGCCACCGUGGAGAAGCUGCAGCCGGAGAGCCGGCAGAUCUGUGCCUUCUCGGACGUGCUGCCUGUGCUUUCCAUGAAGCACACCAAGGACAGGGUGGAGCAGAACCUGCCCCGCUGCGGUACUGAGUGCAGAAGCUACCAGGAGGGCUUAGCCCGGCUACCUGAGAUGAAACCCAGGGCUGGGACAGAGAUCCGCUUCUCGGAGCUGCCCACUCAGAUGUUCCCGGCAGGUGCCACACCAGCAGAGAUCACCAGGCACAGCAUGGACUUGAGCUAUGCCCUCGAGACUGUGCUCAGCAAGCAGUUUCCUUGCAACCCCCAGGAUGUACUUGGUGAGCUGCAGUUUGCCUUUGUGUGCUUCCUGCUGGGCAACGUAUAUGAGGCAUUCGAGCACUGGAAGCGGCUCCUGAACCUCCUGUGUCGGUCAGAAGCCGCCAUGGUGAAGCACCACACCCUGUACAUCAGCCUCAUCUCCAUCCUGUACCACCAGCUUGGUGAGAUCCCUGCCGACUUCUUUGUGGACAUUGUCUCCCAGGACAACUUCCUCACCAGUACCUUACAGAAUAAAUGCAGCCCCGGCCCUGGCGUGAAGGAGGUCACUGAAAACUGAACCCAAGGUCUCACCUAAGCUAGGCGAGCGCUGUGUCACCGAACUGUCCUAGUCCUGGCGCAAUACUUUAAGAACAUCUUUUCUGAAUUGUUUUUGAACUAUCAAGCAGAGUAUGGUAACACUUACCUAUAUUCCUAGCACUUGGGAGCAAGGCUGAGGCAGAAUUGAGACUGGGUAACCUAAUAAAUUCAAGGCCUUUCUAAACUAAAUCUCAAGAAACUGUGUCUCAAGAAAAACCAAAUUAAUUAUUCAGUUUGUAAAGCUAUAAAGAAAAUUAAGAAAAAUAAAUAAAAGGUGGUCGGGCCAGGGGUGAGGAAAGGGAAGAUGAGGGUUAAAAGUCUAAGGGCGACACCAGAGAGUUUCUAAGGGUGGCCAACCCAUUCUGAAGCCUAAAUAUGGUGAUGCCCCAGCAAAUCCAUAGAGUCUUCCUGGCUGAGAACUAAAUCCCAAAAGAAAACCCUCUACCUAUGUGUGAUGAUCCACUGGCUGCAUGGUUCCGGGUGUUCACCCCAGUGGGCCAGACAGUGCAGUGGGAACAUUUAAUUGUGUGCAAAGUGUACUUCAGUAAAGUUGGUCUUUAAAAUGAAAGUCAUUGUGGUCUGUGGCCCAGGUUCUAGAGAGCACCCCACAGGACGGGACCAAAUGUUCAGAUUCAAGGAUGUUAUUUACCCUGUCAAGACAGGUGAAGGUUAUAGUGGAGAAAUCAGAAGAUUGACCGUGCUUGUAGGAGCAUGGUGAGCACAGUGUAGUGAGUGACCCAGCAUCUUCAUCUGCACAGCGGGAUUAGCAGUUUCCUGCCCUCCAGCCUGCUAGGCUCGUAGUAAAGAUUUAAAUAACAAGUUAAAAGGACAAAACUCUUUUCAAAUUAGAAGCUUUCAGAGAGAGAGAGAGAGAGAGAGAGAGAGAGAGAAGGCUUUGCUUGUGCCCACUUCUAGUUGAUUUUACUCUCAGGAAUGUUGAGAAGGUAGGUGGGGAAGGUGGGUGAUGACUCUAAGUGCAGCUUGUUCCAGCCUCUCACUUCCGGCUAUUGCCAAGUUCUGUGUUGUACUUACUGAUUGGUGAGCAUCCUGUGGGCCCUAACUCCGUGCCAGCCUCUGGUAUGCUGUGUUGAAUACACUAGUAAUUAGGAUUCAUUCCCUACUCUUUAAGCAUGGACUGCUGUGAUGUAAGACAAUAUAGAAAUGCCAUGAGGGAAGCCAGCCUAAUGCUAAAGGAACAGAGUUCAGGGGAGCUCGUUUUAGCCUGGACCUUGCAAGAGUCACAAGCCAGCAGCAUUCUGGGGCCUGGUGUGCAGCUCAUCUCUGGCCUUUUCUACAGCACCAUCACAUAGUAUUUGGUGCCAGGAACUGUGCAAAAGAUCCAAAAUUAAAUUUUCUUUGAGCUUGUGGUUGUCUUCAUUUUCCUGUACAUUAAAUAAGUUCUGUUAGAAUACCAGAAGUGCAGAAUGCUAAAACAUGGGUGAGCCUCAAAGACAGCCACAGAACAGAUACUAUAUACUUCUUCCUAGCCUAGUCAGAUUCCUAGAGACAGGAAGUAGAAAGAGGAAAACAGAAAGAGUGUUGCUAAAAGCCAGGGGAAGGGAAUGUUAGGGAACUGGUGUUCAUGGAUAGUUUCCGCUGGAGAAUAUAAAAAGUUGGUGAUGGUUGCACUAUGGGAAUGCACUUAGUGCCACUGGCUAAUCACUUAAAAGAGUUUAGACGGUAGCUGUAUCUAUUUUACCACAAUUUCAACAAUGGUAAUGCUUUUUUAAAUGAGCAUUAAAGACAGCUUUUAAGAGGAAUAGAAGCCUCAAACUGGUAUUCUGUGGCCCACUUAGAAGAUGAGAGCAGCAAUUCAGCCUUGUUGGCUGAGGGCCUGGGACUUUAUGGGAUUCAAGGGCUUAUGUGUCUCCCCAAACUUAUUUACACCACCUGGUAUAACUGUCUUUUCUUCUGUGCUAUUGCCCAGGUGCCUUGAAGAUCUUAACACCUCCCUCCCUGCCCGGGUGGGGCAGCAGUGGUAACUCUGAUGGCCUUACUUUCACAGGGCAUCUGUGCCCAACAUGGUAAUUUUCCAUUCCAGUCCUGUUCCAGUGUCUUCCUUCUUUGUUUUUGGGGGGUGCAUAGCAGGUGUCUUGGGACUGUGCCAGCCGCAGCUGAUGUACUACCUCAGAGAGCUGAACACUAGGAGGGAAUUUCCACAGCUUUCUUGGCCCCUGUUCUCAGGAGUAACUUACCUCUGUUCU